AUGGACAACAAGACCCUUUCCCAACUCACAAACGACAUCCAGUCCCAAGCAAACAACUAUGACCCCAACAAUGAAGUGGCCCGCCAACGUCUGCUCGACUCUGCUCGCACCCUGAUCGCUACGUUAGAGUCCCCGUCGGAGCACGUAGCACGCCUCUACCACCACCUCCUCAUCUACUCCACCGCCCGCCUUCUAAUCGACACCAAAGCAUAUCGCACUCUGGCCGCCUCUGCAGAAUCCCGGACAGCAUCUGAACUAGCCAAAGACACGUCCACCGACCCAGCGCUCCUAGAACGCCUGCUCAAAUUCGUCGCCGUAGAAAACCACAUCACCGAAACCGCUCCCGACACCUACGUCCCCAACCCCACCACCCACAUGCUCGCUUUUCCGGAAGGCGAAGGCGUGUUGCUAAACGCAUAUCUCCUAUUCGAACUCGGCGCCGGGCUGCCGCAGUACUUCAAAGACCGCGCCUACACCGAUCCAGCUGGCAAUGACCAAAGCGCUUUCUGUGCGAGAUACGGGAAGCAUUACUUCGAGUGGAUCUCGCAGCUGGGGAAUGAGCGGGAGCUCGAGCAUUGCAAGGGACAUAUGCGGUUCAAAACUAUGGGGCGGAAGUGGUUUGAGAAAGGGGAGUUGAUGCGGGAGAUUUUUGGAGCGGAAAGUUUGGGGGAGGAGGUUGUGUUGCUUGUGGAUGUCGGAGGGAGCGAUGGGUUUGACAUUUUCAAUCUCCGUAACGCGAAGCCGGACAUGACGGGGCGGCUGGUGCUGCAGGAUCUCCCGCACACGAUCGAGAGUCUCGAUAAGCGGAAAUUGGCCGCGCAAGGGGUGGAGGCGAUGGCGUAUGAUAUGUUCGCGCCCCAACCACUGAAUGGGGCGAAAGCGUAUUUCCUGAAGAUGGUCCUCCACGAUUGGCCGAGGGAGCAGUGUCAGCAGGCUCUCGCUAAUCUGAGGGAUGCCACGACGCCGGGGUACAGUCGGAUAUUGCUCAAUGAGAUCGUGGUGCCGGAUCAAGGGGCCGGGUGGUUCGAGACGAGUUUGGAUGUGUUGAUGAUGGUUGUGCAUGCUUCGAGGGAGCGGAAGGAGAGGGAGUGGAGGGAGUUAGUUGAAGGGGUGGAAGGGUUGAAGGGGUGGAAGGGUUGA